UGCUCCGGGUUCGUGAGAUCCACGGCCUUUAUGUGGUUCAAAGGUCGGAGUGGGCAGCACUACCACCUGGGUAGUUUCAUGUCUGAAAUAGACAUGAAACUAAAAGCGCUGCAGCCAAUCUGGGAGAUCUCCCGACUUCCCAGAUCUCUGAAGGACAUGAAGUUCUGGAAGUCGUCGGAAUGGCGCAGCUGGAUGCUUUUUUAUUCUCCUGUGGUCCUGAAGGGGUUCCUCCCGAAAAAGUACUUCGACAACUGGCUGAAGUUUGUGCGUAUCAUGCACUUCUUGUUGAGUCGCUCAGUUCCACUUGACAGCCUUCCACAGGUGAAAAGAGCAAUGACCGCAUUCCUCAAAGAGUUCGAGGAACUCUAUGGCCAAGUCAACAUGACUUACAACACGCACUUACUCCUCCACUUGAUAGAUAGUGUGAGACUGUGGGGACCCCUCUGGGGGUACUCCGCAUAUCCCUUUGAGUCAAUGAAUGGGAAACUUGUACGACUUGUAAAUGGGACAAGAUAUGUUCAAUGUCAGAUUAUUGAUAAGUUUUCAAUAAUCCGAAGUCUUCCGAAACUGUGGGCAGUCGCCUCCAACCGCAGUGCUGAUGACCAGAUCGCGGUACUGCUCAGGUCACUGAUGAAAGGCUACAACUUGAGGAAGCAUGUGGUAAAGAAUGGUGCCGUAAUCUUCCAAGGAAAGGGUCAACCCGAAGGAGACAAAGUCCUUUUCAAGAAGGUUAGAAUUGGUGCCUUCACGUACUGUGUCAAAGCACUGGACAAGUCCCGUAGGAAGAAUUCCUACGUGUUUGUAGGGGGCAUAUUCGGGCAGCUAGUUGCCAUUGUUGCUUGGUGCAAGCGGGGGCACACGUCAUGUAGCUGUGUCAAAAAUGUGACCCUGCGUUUAGAACAACUGAAAGUAAAGGACUUUGUUCUCAGCUCUUUUGGAGCUCUUUCUCUAGUACAGUUUGUUGAAGUGCAACACACUAAUGCAAUAAUCGAAAAGGACGCUGCAUCUGUUCAGAAGUGCAUAGUUCUUUGCAAUUCUUCUCGCACCUGUCUAUGCGUUGUGAAUGAUACCUAUGUGCUUGAGUCUGUCUGAAAGCUUGCAGUGAGGAAGGAGCAUAAAAACAAAAGCCUCGAGGUGCACCUAAGUACUUCUUAUGAGUUGUGAAUGCGAAAGCACGUAUGCCGCUCUUCGUUCCCUUCUUUGGUCUCCGGCGUACAGCGCGCUGACCUUGGGCGUGGAGCGGUGGAGCCGCUGCCUCGCGGACAUAAGAUUUAAUGAAAGAAAGAAUUUAAUGUGCCGUUUUCGCGCUUCAAACUGAAGACGUCGGCUCUUUCCAUGAGGCAGUUAAUGCUUUUGCAUUAAAACUUCCCUUUUAGUGCUCCUUCCUUAAGGUGUGAUCUCAUUGCCGAUGCACCUGUCCUGUUCUUAAAGGGAUACUACAACGAAAUUUCGGCGCUCAUUUUUUGGUCUAUAUGUGCUCAAAGGAGCAGCAUCACA